AAUAGUUAGGGUACGUUCACCUCAUAUUGAUAUACAUUGGUUAAACAAUUACAUAGAAAAAAUAAAGAAAGAUUUUUUGAUCAUAAAUUGAAGUUAAUGCUUUAUCUUUCUUUCAUUUCAUAAAGCCAUGGCCUCCAAAGAAGAGCAUCAAGAAAAUGAGGCAAUCGAAAAACCCUCAAAACCCGAUGAAAUCGAAAAAUCAACCAAUCAAGUCAGGGAAAGUUCCGCUAUCCUUCCGCCUCUUGUACGGAUUCACGACUCCCCUAAUGACAAGGAAGAGAAGGAUGAAGGAGAGAAGUCAGAGCAACAUGAAAAGACGCAUGAAAAGGCAAUCAUCAUCGAGAAUGAAAAGACUGAGGUCAUUUCAAAGGAAAAGACGAAAGGAAAUGCGAAAAAGUACCGGGGAGUUAGACAACGAAAAUGGGGCAAGUGGGUGGCAGAGGUACGCGAUACAAGGAAAAAAAAUCGGAUUUGGUUGGGAACUUUUGACACUGCUGAAGAAGCCGCUUUGGCUUAUGACAAAGCGGUCAUUGAAAUGAGAGGUGUUGAUGCUUUUACCAACAUCCUCAAGCCACCGCCAAGGGAACCACCACCAAAGGAAAUCAACUUCAUUAAUCCACCACCAUCUUCAUCCAAAGAUGAUGCUAGGGUUUGAGAAAGAUGAUGCUUUACUGUUUUAAUGUACUUUAUAUGAACUAGUUGUAAAUCUGGUUAACUCCCAACUUUCUUUUUUCUUAAAGUAUGUAAUGUGACAAGU